AUCACCGUGGAUAUUGCCGUGAUGGGCGAGGCCCACGGCCUCAUCACCGACCUCCUCGCAGACCCUUCUCUGCCCCCAAAUGUGUGCACAUCCUUGCGGGCCGUGAGCAACCUGCUCAGUACCCAGCUCACCUUCCAGGCCAUCCACAAGCCUAGAGUGAACCCCACGGUGACCUUCAGUGAGAACUAUACCUGCUCCGAUUCUGAGGAGGGCUUGGAGAAAGACAAGCUGGCCAUUUCCAAGCGCCUUAGAAGAAGUUUGCCACCAGGCUUGCUGAGAAGAGUCUCAUCAACUUGGACAACCACCACCUCUGCCACAGGUCUGCCCACCUUGGAGCCUGCACCAGUGCGGAGGGACCGCAGUGCCAGCAUUAAGCCGCAUGAAGCACCUUCAUCCAG